ACCACCUCUCUUUAUCUUGCCCCGCCCCAUUCGCUCUCCUCAGUCCUGAGGCCCCAAUCGCCUCAUGCACUUCCUCUACAGCUGCGCUCCCACUCGCUUCACCCUGAAUCCCGUCCGUGGCAUAUGAAUCACAAUCCUCUCUCAUUCCCGUGCUUCAUCCUGCUCCAUACUGCCAGGCUUGGCGCUGUCCGCCGUCCGAUCCACGCAAAACACCUUGGGGAACGGUCGCUGAGAGAUAUAGUUCGCUGGCAGACUGGUGCUGCUCAUGUCAGGGUCCGUCACUACCCGCUCGAGUGGAUAGGUGACUGCUUUGCAUUAGUUAGCCCCAGCUUGACCUUGUGCUCCACGACACGUGAUGCCUGUACGUACACACUCGGCAUACUCGACGCCCAGCAGAGCCAGACACCACACGAUGGCCCGCGAAGGAGGGCGACAUUGGGUAGUGGUACAGGAUCAGGCUGUUUGGCGCCGACAUGUUGCAGUCACUGGAUGUUUCUCCAGGAGCUCUUCUUGACGUGAUGGUCGAGGCGAGAGCGGACUGGCCUGUCGGCGUGUUGCGUUGCUCGACGCCCUGUGGCGCAACUUCAAUAACGUGCAGGCUCUUAAUCGUCAAAGCAAGACCUGGAUCUACAGCUCGCAA